UGCAUUCAAUAUUAAACACUCUGUUCUUCUACCGUUUUAUCUGUUAGCAUCACAACAACCAAUGAAACCAGACCGGAGAUCGGGUGAAAACAAAACAAAACAAAGAACACAAAUGUACCGUAAAUACAUUAAUACAUGAUUGUUAUAAAAGUUGUAAAUAAUCCAGACGCAUCCAGACCAACAGGCGGCGGUAGACAAAGCAGCUGACACACGUUUGAUAAUAGGAGGACGUCAGUGCGGCGACACGACACCUCAGAGAGUGACCCGGAGGAGCCGCGGAGAUCUGAGCUGCAGCUGCGUGGUGCUGAAAGGACAGCUCCUCUGCUCUCCGACUGCUGCAGACAUGUUCACCAGGAUGCUCAAACUGCGGCUUCUCAAUGCCGUAGCACCCGCGUACUUCUUCACAGCCACCGCUGCCACCUUCAUCCUGCACUUCUGCUUCUUCGUUCCGACAAUAUUCCCAAACCAGGGCCCGUCACCCGGGGGUUGUACCACACUUCACACGGUCGUUUUCCUUUACCUGAUGUUUAAUGCUCUGGGGAACUACGUCAUGACGAUCAAAUACACCUCGGAGAGUGCCAACGAGACCGCGGUCCCCGUGUGUUCGCCUCACUGCUCGGACAAGGUGGACGCCCACUACCUCCUGAACGGCCGCCACUUCUGCAAGCUGUGCAGGAAGAUUAUCCUCAAACGGGAUCACCACUGCUUUUUCACUGGAAACUGCAUCGGCAACAAGAACAUGCGCUACUUUGUCAUGUUCUGCAUCUACACGUCGUGCACGUGUCUGUACUCCCUGGUCCUGGGCGUGGCCUUCCUCACGGUGGAGUUCUCCAUGUCCUUUGAAAACCCCUUCACCUUCCUGACGCUGCUGCCCUUCUCUACGGGCUACUUCUUCAUGGGAACUAUCGCCGGCUUGCAGCUCUUCGUGGUGUUGAUGCUUUACGUGUGGCUGGGCAUCGGCCUGGUCUGUGCGGGGUUCUGCUGCCAGCAGGUUCUCCUGGUUGCACGGGGACAGACCUGGUGUCAGAUGCAGAGAGGGGAGUUGGUAGAGAACCACAACCCCUGGAGAACCAACCUCAAGGAUGUUUUUGGAACGCGCUGGAUCCUCGGUCUGUUCUUGCCUGUGCAGACUGUGGAGACGUGCACGGACGACACAGACGCUCACAAAGAAGACUGAGAGCUACUGUAGCCAACAAAAGGGCCAACGGUGGUUGACAUGUGAUGCUGUGAAAAACAGGCAGAAGCUUGGCUGGUUUUGGAAGUGAAAAACAAACAACUUCUGUAAACCACAGCUUACCUAUAAUAUAUAGUGAUUUAUUUAGCUUUAUUAAGGAUUUAGUAUACAUUCCUUUAAGGACAGGAGCCAUAUAAGUUAUGUGAUACUUCAUAGAGUAUACUGUGUACUGUAGGACUAUCCUUAAAACGUUGUAUCAAACACAUAGUGCUGUUGUUUACAGUCACUAAGUAGAAAGAAAAUAAUUUAGUCCAAUAGCAAAUAGUUCUCAAACAGACGACAGAACAUUGUGUUUAAAAAGGGCUGGG